GUUAAUUAACUGAAUGAUUUGUGCCCUUCAAUCUCAUGAUCGAGGUUUCCUGUUCAAAUGCAAAUUAAACAUCUAGUGAAGGAAGUUCCCACCGAAUUGGGAUUUGGAUAGUUCCUUUCUUUCACUCAAAGUCUUUUAACUCUAGGAUUUGUUAUUUCAUUGUACACAUUAACAAUUUCUUCUAUAUAAUGCAUUAUUCUAAUCCCCUUCGCAAACUUUCUCUCCCGCACCCCAAUGCGCUUAUUCCAAGCCGCGGCGCUUUUCUCUCUUUCAUAACUACUGCCGCCAUAUGGCUAUUGCUGUUUUCAUUUUUUCGCUAUAUUUAUUGGCGAGAUCCACACUCCGCAUUUUUCGAUAGCACACAUGUCUAUGAGAGAGACUAUUCUGAUCGACGCCAAUCCUCGGGGUUAUCUUUUUUAGAUGGUCUGGUCGAAGGCAAUCAGACAUCUUUAUUCAGUAAUUCGACUUCAAAUCUUUCGGGAGACUCAGAUGGAGAUGGCGAUACAGAGGUUCCGGAUAUGUGUAUAGCAUAUGUAACCAUAAAGCGCGAUAUGCAGGACAGGAAUGAAGGAAGACAAUACAUAGAUGCAGCGCUAGGAACUAUGGUAGAUGGAUUAAGUGAGGAGGAAAGAAAGAAAGCGUGGAUCUAUGUAUUAUUUGCAGAUAUGGAUCCAAGUGUUCAUCCGUUAUGGGGGGAAGAGUGGCUUGGGAGAGUAGUAGAUGAUUAUGGUGGAUAUGACGUUGGGGGGGAGAGGAGAGAGUGGUUGGAGGAAUUAAUGAAGCAGAAAGAAUGGCAGAUUAAAGGAGUUUUCGAUUACGUAUACGCGUUAAGCCGGUGCUACGACACCCAUGCUCCUUAUAUCGCAAUUAUGGAAGACGAUAUUAUAUUCGCUCAUGACUGGUUCCAGCGCACUAUUUCUGCUCUUAGCAAAAUCGAGUCUCUCUCUCAAAAUCCUGAAGAUAAGUUUUACAAUUGGAUAUAUUUGAGACUUUUCUACACAGAAACAUUUCAAUCGUGGAGCGAAGAGGUAGAUUUUUGGUAUCGGCAUAGAUAUUUUCUACUUUUCCUGGUUGCUCCUCUCUGUACAAUUACUGCUCUCAUAUUUGUACGCAGCAAAAUCGGCGAGAAAAGGAAAGCGGGAGGUUGGUUAGACAACUGGACAAUUUUUGUUAUAGGAGUGGUGGUAGUACCGGCCUUUAUAACUCUGGGGUUUAUGGUUGGGAAACACAACUUACCGUGGUGGGAAUUCAGAGGGACAGAAGUGGUGAAGAUGAAUAGUGGAGGAUGCUGUACUCAAGCUAUGGUUUUUCCGAGGGAGCAGGUGGAGGGACUGAGGAGUUAUUUGACGGGAAGGGGGAGUGGCCAAACGGAUCUGAUGAUUGAGGAUUAUGCGGGAAACGAGGGUAUGGAGAGAUUGGCACUUGGGAAACAGGCCGUGCAACAUGUGGGAGCGAAGAGCUCGAGAGGUGAUAAUCAAAUCAACGCUAUGAGUACUUGGGCAUUCCACUUUGAGGAAUACGACAAAGUUUCUCUGUUUGGAAACUCGUUGUAUGAAGAAUCUUGAUCUGGAGAUUUGAACCUACCAACCCGGAAACAUUCAGAUAGUCGAUAUCGGAAGUGUAUAUCCUCACUGCUUUAUAUAUUUGAAAUGUGAAAGAAAUUCACUACUCUCAAAACUACGCUUGUAGGACAUCAACUACGAAUCUACUACCUCUCUCUUUCUCUUCCGAACUCUUGAUAUUUUAUAUCUACAGCAAUUAUCCCAUUACAGACAGCUCUAGGCCUCCCCUUCAAUAGUUUAUGCCCCGUCUGCUCCAUGCUCAAAGAAUACUUUAUCGAUCAUUAUUGCCUUUAGGCAGAAGUAUAACACGGGAGUAUUGGGAGUCAGGAGCUUACUGUCUUUUGGCAAUGAGACUUUUGGGACUAAGAAAUUCUUAUACAUCUAUGAAAACCGGGGUGCAGAUAUUGGAGAAGCGAAUGAUAGGGUGUUCGGGAUACGAUAAAUUGUCGGGACUAUAUGCAUCUUUGUUGCCAAGAGGCAACAAAAAGGGAGUUAAGAUGCAAUUGGUAUGUAUUCGACAUCCUGAUAUUUUCAGGUUAGAGUCCCUCGGAUGUUCUGUUCCCAGAUUUGGCACAGAGAGGCUUUUCUCUAUUUUGGGUAUUUCAAUUGGGAGUUCUCGACACAUGGAGAAUUCGGCUCCAUAAUUGGAGUUUUAAAAGUCGAGACAAGAAAUUUCAAGCAUAAGAUAACGUAGGCUGCUUGCGUGUUCAUACGAAAUUUAGGCAUUGUCACAUUAAGAUAGUAUAUCAUCCGGUAUCCGGAAUGUCGCCAACAUUUAAUCUUUGGAUGAGAACUAUCUGAAGCCUCACGCAGAUAUAAUUCGAUAGACUGAUUUGAUGGUACAUGCCUAGGACAUACAUAGUCUAUCAAUUUGAGAUGAUUUGAGUAAACCAGGCAGAUACUACCAGAAAGUCCCCACUCACCUAAUUUACCGAAUCCCACUAUCAAAUAAUUGCUGCCUAGCA